GCUCCAGUCGCUGUGAGCGUAGGCAGCACCCAGCGCCGCUUAGAAGAUCGCACUGCUGAUAACAGGUAUCUCGGCAUUACCGGUAUGAGAAUCUCAUUGUGAUGGCUUUGUUUACGGUACUUUAUGCUGUCAAACCCGUAUAUUGGAGGGCUUGUGACUAAACUUUUUAGAUCAGAUCAGCCAAUCAUAUGCAGACUUGUUGAUGGUUCACUCAUUAAAGAGCCAUCGAUGCCGACGAGUACCUACGUUAGCCCCACGCGUGUGGACAAUUUGAAUACUGAUGCAUUGAAAGUGCGCGUGUUUGCCGUUGACAAGCGUCGCAAACCCAGCCACGCAGAGCGGAAGAAGAAGCUGGAGGAGGAGAUUCGACUUUUGGAGUCUGGUGUGGUGGUGCUGAAGACCAGAGGCUUGCCGCCGCAGUUGUUGCUGCAGAAGGACCCAUUACUACGUCCCGUAGCGGUCGAGUUCUCGACACUGAUGUACUCGAUAAACACGCAGCAGCUACGAGUUGCCAAGAUGCAGUCGGCACUCUCGCAGUGUCUAACAGACCAGCAGUAUUAUCCUCUCUACAGUCAUAUUAAAUUAACUAAGGACUGGAAAGAGAGACGUGGUACGUUGCUGGCCAUGCGAGACCAGAAGAUCCGCAAUGCUCUAAACUUCGUCAUGGGACCAGGAGGUAUCAAUGAUGCCAUGAAGAAACAGUCUUCUCAAAACCAGUUUGAGAACGAAGAGGGCGAUUUAUGCUGUGUUCUCUUCGAUACAAUUCAGUUUCCAGGAGUUAAGUCGCUCCAACAGGUCUACGACGCUCUGUCGUUCUACAAGAACAACAUGGAGAUCAUCAUCACGGAGCAGUUAGGACACAUCACGAUUCGUGAAGACUACGAUGAGGUGAACGAAGCAGCAUUCCACACAAGGAUACUAUCAACGAAUGAAGACGGCAUUACUACAGAGGGUAAUGUGGUGUCAUUCCGAGCCAUGUUAAGUGAUGGAUACGACGGUGAACCUUGUGCGGUCAUGGUCGGGGACUCGGUCGAUGAAGACGACAAGUACCCCUAUCUAUCUCACAGAUACGUCCGCAAAGAUAUCUCAACUGCAGUGGUGCUCACGGAGAACAGGAAUACUGGUGAGAAGUCAGACGUGGUGGUCACAAUGCGACGUGCUGCGUUCUACAAGGUCCGUCGACCAGAGUUCCCCGUUACUUUCUGCGAGUUAGAGAACUUGCGUGAUGCUACAACGCAAUGGUCCGAUGUGAUGCUCAAGACUAUACGUGGAAUUCUUUACCCCACAAAAACAAACAAUUGAGUCGGAAAAAAAACUUUACUCUUCUUCUUCGUCAGACUCCUCCACAUUAACGUGUACUCGAUGCCAUGCGUUGUUCAGCACACCUCUCAUGUUCCAGAUAGGUGCGAUCGUAUCCGGCUGGACGUUGUAAGAAGCAUCAACAGCUUUACACAUGAUAUCCAGCUUCUUGGUACCAGGCGGUACCUCCACAUCUAAUUCCCAAGGAGUCCAAGCCCACGCACGGUUGUACUUUUGGCGUUUCCCUGACUCGUGCAGCUCAGCAGGUGUCCACGUUUUGCCUCCGUCAACCGAGAUAUCCACUCGAAUGAUAUUGCGACCACCGCCACUCCAAGCAUAGCCUUUCACAGUCACGAUCGAGCUGUCUGAGGCAUCAUCUACCAAGUGAAUUGAUCCGUUCUUAGGCUCCGUAAUCGCAGACUGGACUGGCAGUUCUUGAAUAGAGUCACCAGCAAACUUCCAGUAGUCAUCACGAGAGUAGUCUACGUUAGGUGGGAAGCCUUUGUAGUCGCGCUGUUGCCAGAAACUCGGACUCUCGUCGCUCGAGAGCACGAUACGAUGCAGGAACUUCACGUUACGAGCGCCUACUGUUCCAGGCACGAUGACUCGAAGAGGAUAGCCGUGAUCUCGUGGGAUGGUCUCUCCGUUCAUCUCGAAGGCAAGUAGUACGUCCUUCCUGGGGUCCAAUGCCGUCGCAACAGGGAUCGACGCACCGUAUGUGUUGCCUUCCGUAUCGGCAUCAAGUCCUUCGAACUGCACAUGCUGGAUGACGGUAUUGCAAUCAUCGCACGUCUCCAUGUUCUCUCCCACCUCACACUCACAUUCUCCAUGUCUGGAAUCCUCAUCAGUUAUACCGAUACUUGCAAGCACAUCGGAGAGCAACACACCCGUCCAGUUCGCUGUAGAUAAGGCAGUAGUAUCCCAACUCAAUCCAUUCACCUGCUUCACACCCGAC